UCACCCUGGCCGCUGCGGGGACCGGCGGGGCGGGCGGGAUGCUGAGGCUGCUGGCGUCCAGCUGCGCCCGGGGCCUGGGGGGCGGCGGGGGCGCGCGGAGGCUGGUUCCCGGGGAUCGAGCGCGUUCCCCGGCGGGGCUCUGCGACCCCGGCCGCAGCCCGAGCCGCCAGGCCUCCGACGCCCCCCGGAACCAACCCCCCAGCCCCGAGGUCAUGGCCCGGUCGGUGGGCAUCUGCUCCAUGAUGCGGCUGCCCGUGCAGACCUCCCCCGAAGGGCUGGACGCUGCCUUCGUCGGGGUGCCGCUGGACAUUGGCACCUCCAACCGGCCCGGGGCGAGAUUUGGACCCCGGCGGAUCCGCGAAGAAUCAGUGCUGCUUCGGACAGCCAACCCUAGCACGGGAGCCCUCCCCUUCCAGUCCCUCGUGGUGGCAGACCUAGGUGAUGUGAAUGUCAAUCUUUACAACCUUCAGGACAGCUGCCGCCUAAUUCAAGAGGCCUAUCAGAAAAUUGUAGCAGCUGGCUGUGUUCCCCUGACCUUGGGUGGAGAUCACACAAUCACCUAUCCUAUAUUGCAAGCGAUGGCAGAAAAGCACGGGCCCGUGGGGCUGGUGCAUGUGGGCGCUCACAUGGACACGGCCGACCAGGCCCUGGGGGAGAAGCUCUACCACGGGUCGCCCUUCCGCCGGUGCGUGGACGAGGGACUCCUGGACUGUAAGCGUGUGGUGCAGAUCGGCAUCCGGGGCUCUUCCACGACCUUGGAUACCUACAGAUACAGCCGGAGCCAGGGCUUCCGGGUGGUCCUGGCUGAAGACUGCUGGCUGAAGUCACUGGUUCCUCUGAUGGGGGAGGUGAGGCAGCAGAUGGGAGGCAGACCCAUUUAUAUCAGCUUUGAUAUUGACGGCUUGGACCCUGCCUAUGCCCCAGGGACAGGGACACCCGAAAUUGCUGGUCUCACCCCUAGUCAGGCUUUGGAGAUCAUCCGGGGUUGUCAAGGCCUGAACGUGGUGGGUUGUGAUCUUGUGGAAGUUUCACCGCCGUACGAUCCUUCUGGAAACACUGCCCUUGUGGCGGCGAACCUGCUGUUUGAGAUGCUGUGUGUUCUCCCCAAAGUAACAGUCAUCUGAACCUUGUGCUGUAAUUUUCAAGAUGAAACAACAGAUUGCCUGGAUGACAAAGUCUCCAGGAGAACUUAUGUGAAAGCAAUCUGAGUACUAAAGAGUUUAUGCCAAUAAAACAUUUUGCUGAAAGUGUCA